AUGAGACUAGAACUUAAAGCGCAACUUGCCUCAUUAGGAAAGAAGAAGAUUCAACUUGGAAAGAUAAUAAGUUCGUUGAAAGAAAAGGGUAAAAGAAUCCCUGAGAAGUUAGAUUUAGAAUAUAAAACUCUUUGCUUCGAACAUGACUGCUUGGAUUCAAAGCAGAAAGCUAUAAAGCUAUUUAUGAAUACCUUUUAUGGAGAGGCCAGAAACCCAUUAUCUUCAAUCUUUCUCCAUGCAUUGGCCGGAGGAACCACUUCCGCUGGUAAAUACAUUAUCAAACUCGUUGCAGAAUAUGUGGAAAAGAAAGGCUUUAGAAUCAAAUACGGGGAUACUGAUUCUUUGUAUCUUACAUGUUCAGAUAAGUAUUUUGAAAAAUGCGAUGAAGCCUUUUCCAGAGGCGAACUUUCUAAAGAAGCGUACUGGACCGAAAUGGUCAAAAUUACUAUGGAUGUAAUAAAAAAGUUGCGCGAUCAGAAUAAUGCCUAUCUUAGGAUAAAAACCAGCACAUCUUAUCUUAAGAUGGCUUACGAAAAGGUAUUAUUUCCUGUCUGCUUUACUGGCAAAAAAAAGUACUUUGGAAUUGGGCAUGAAGAUGAAGUAAACUUUAGACCAGAUGAUCUCUUUAAGAAAGAAAUUGAUACUGUAAAGCAAGGUAAAUUCCAGCUUCUCAAAUUCAUCGGAGAGAAGAUUAUGAGAGAGGCUAUGGAUAUUAAUAAUACACGUUCAAUUCACAAUAUUGUUGAAGAUACUCUUAGAGAAGCCCAGAACAAGGAAUGGGAUUUCAAUGAAUUUAUCGUAAUGGGUACAUGGAAGCCUAAGAAAAAUAAUCUCUGCAAUAAUCGCUUUAUGAAACGUAUAAAAGAGAGAAAUGAGAGGAUUCCUGAUCCCGGCGAACGCUUUCACAGGUCGAACAGAUGUCAUUGUCGCAAAAUUUGCCUGGAAUUUUUCUGGCAAAUUGAGAAUUAUCCCGGUAAAUUGGGGUAA